CGUUUGCCUCCCGCUUGGGGUCUCCCAUAUCAUUGCUUUUUCACAAAAUAAAGAUCGAUUGUCUAUGAGAAUCGCAAAAACACCGCAAGGUCCCACAUUGACCUUUCGAGUGCAUCGUUUUUCACUCUCGAAACAUAUUCAAAAACUGCAAAGACGUCCAGUAAAUACAAAAUCAUUACUAGAUAGUCCACCGAUUGUUGUGACUAAUAACUUUGGUGAUCAAACAGCCCCUCCACAGGUCAAACUUAUGAGGAUUUCAUUUCAAAAUAUGUUUCCGGCGAUCAAUGUUGCAAACGUCAAAUUGAAAGAUUGUCGACGAGUGGUUCUGUUCCAUCUGAUCGAAGAAGAAAGUCCGGAGGGGGAAUCAGCAGACGGAUCAGCUGUGGCGAAGCAACGUGUCGAAGUUCGGCAGUAUGCCAUUAAAGCUACACCGGUUGGUAUCGACAAGAAGGUUCGACGGCUCAUCCAGUCGAAAAUUCCAAAUUUGAAUAAAGUCCAAGAUAUUGCUGAUUAUAUUGCAGGCAAUGCCAAUGCCACCACAAGUGUAGACGCGGCUAGCGAUUCGGAACCCGAAGAUGGCUCUAAUGCUGUGGUACAGCUCGCUCAAAACUAUGUUGGAAAAGGGAACAAAAGUCAAGGAAAGUCCGCUUUAAAAUUGGUAGAAUUAGGGCCUCGACUGUGUCUCGAACUCGUUAAGGUCGAACAAGGUCUUGCUGCCGGCACCGUUAUGUAUCACGCUCACAUUAAGAAGACACCUGAGGAAGCUAAAGCAAUUAUAGAAAAAGCCGAAUACAAAGUUCGGCUCAAGAAUCAACGCAGACAGGAACAAGAAAGAAAUGUGGAACGAAAACGUAAAGCAGCCGAGGAGAAGAGGGAAGCAAAGAAAAAGCGAAAACAAGAGCGAGAAGAUGCCGCAAUGGACGAUCUUCGAAACCCUCUCAACGAGAAUGACGCGUUUGAAGAUACCAACAAUCUACUGGACGAUGAUGACGAUGAUAUCGAUGAAAUGGAGGACCCUGUCGACGAUGCGUCCAUUAGUGAUGACGAUAACCAUGGUUACAGCGAUUAGAACUUAUAUUUUUGUGAACA